AUGGAGGAUGGUGGACCUUCUGACCCCGUCUCGCGCCUCCCGCAACUUUUCACUAACCCGCCUCACCAGGAGCGAAGGAUCGACAACUUGGAGAUCCAAAUGAGCCGGCUAAUUGAGCAGCUUCUACCGGCCAGUGCAUCAAUGGCUCGCCAAGAAGCGCCUCCCGGCCAGACCUCGACACCGGCCUCGUUCCUUUUCACGAGCGGAUCAUGGCCCGCGGUCAGCGCUGGCUCCAGACAGGACAGCUUCCAGGGUAGUGUGGACGAUGAGCAAUCGCAUCCGGUCUGCUCUUCUGCCGCCACUGACUCUUUUGAUCUAAGCGAGGCAACCCUACGGGCGGCCGGUCAGGCAUAUCUUACUUGGUGCCACAGCCAACCAAUUGUUCUUUUCCGAGCAGAUAACUUCUUGGAUACAAUCGCGUCAAGAGAUCGUCACCUCUUACUAGCAUUGCAGGCCCUGAGCCUACGCUUCCCCCCAGGAAACCUCACAUCAGAGAUUCAAGAGCGGCUGACCACCAUGGCGAACAUAUCACGCGGCCUAGCCAUGAACUCAGUGAUACACAGUCAAGUCGAGCUUUCGACUCUGCAGACUUUUUGUCUGCUGAGUUUGGUGGACUUUGCAGAGGGCAAUCCUUCUCUAGCUGAGAUCGACGUCGGCAUCGCAGCUGGUCUCGCUAACAGCAUUCCGCCUAAUUACGCCCUUGGAGAUCCGCAAGAAUGCAGUGACUGCAUAGCCAGCAUUUCAAUGCUCCAGCAUCUUCAAGGAUGCGUCUCCAAGAACAUGAGGCUCUCCAACGCACUGGCGACGUCUCACAACCUUUCCGUGCGAUCAGGGCUCACUAGCUACAAUUGGACCGCGCAGGGGUCUGCGGGGGCCUCAAAUGCCCUUCCAACGACCCUACUUGACAAAGGAAUUCUAAAGUACACGUAUCAAUUGAGUGAGGUGUGGCACAUGGCCAGGAUGUACGCUGCUUCUGUCGUUGGACCUGAUGCACCACCACCUUGGAACUCGCAAUCUGAUUACUCGUGCGUAAUGCAGCGCCACCUCGAGGUCGAUAGCACAAUCCCCCUGAGGUACCGUUUCUACCGAAACAGAUUUGGAGAAAAACGACCCGAGUCUUUACAGGAGCGGCGCCACUAUUGGGGCCCCUACUUCUUCAUGCAGAUCAUCUAUGCAACCAUCCCAUGCCUUCUCAACCACCCAUUUCUCCUGUCCAUGCGCCUUCGCAAUUUCCGUCACACCAUGCCACAAUCUUUCAUCCACCAGUCAUACGAGCUUAUCACUCGUCAUGCUGGAUGGAUUAUGUAUUUCAUUGAUACCAUGGAUAAGAAAGCAGUGCAAUUAUCUGAUCCUACGCUGGCGCAUUGCAUCGCCAUCACCGCCACCAUUCAUCUACAACAUAGUUUCGUUCAGGAACAAGCCCUCUGCGACAGGUCUCAAGCAGGAUUUGAUAAAUGCACGAACUUCCUACGGAACAUGGGGACUAUGUGGCCAAGCGCCGCGGUCAUGGCGGAAAACCUGCUGGUAUUGCAGGAAAGCGUGGUUCUGGCUCCAACACAAGAAGGAUUGAGCUGCGACGAUGGUACCAGUGAACCACUAUGCUUGUCGAUAGACUCAAAACUGCUCUGGAACAUGUUGAUAUACGAAAAAGCGGGACGCGAUUUCUCCCGCCUGGAUCAGUCCAUCUUUGGUUCCUCGCUCACACAAAUUCCGGCCACGCCAAGAGAGAAUGAACACGACAGAGUCGAUGCCGCUUACGACCUGGUCGGCUAUGCUGGAAUCUCAGGGCACAAGACGGUGCCCAGAGAAUCGCCCGCAUACGCUCCUGAAGACAAUAUCACCCCGCCAGACACUCAAAGCGUUGCUCAUGGACCUGAAAUAAUGCCCACGGGUCCAUCUUCUCUAAUAGGUAUGGGUAGUGACAGUACUUACGAGCCUCCAUUCUUCCAGGCCAAUGACUUUGGUCGGGCCAUUGAUGAGUGGAUGGGUCUGUAGUUAUUGCGGACAUGAAGCAGGGGUCUUGUUCAACAUGUGACGACAGUCAAAUAUUUCGCACGGGU